CUUCGCCGGGUGGAGCUUGAGAACGUGAGAACGUUAGUGGGCUGCCGCUGUUGCUGCUGGAGUGAAAAUUGUUUGACAGGGAGGUGAGGCGACCUGUGCACGAGCACUCGUAGGAGAAGUUAGUUUUUACCGUGGUGGUAGCCAGUUUUUUUGAGUCAGCGGGAAGGCGAGACUUGAGCGCGACAAAUGGUUCGGUCGAGUGUAAGCAACAGGGCACAGAGCGAAAUGUCAGGGACUGUUUCAGCCUUGAGCAGCGGGAAGCGCGACUAGUACACCGCAACGCGGAAAAUAUUCAGAGGGGAGAGAGAAUGCGAAUGGUGCGAAGAUACCGAAAUCAAAGAAAAUGGAAACGAUGUAGCGUCGCUGCGGCAUUUCAUAUAGCUAGAACUAACGUUAGAGUAGAGAAUAGAUAGCUAAGGAGCUAGCACGUUAACUAACAUACAUGUAAAGUUAUUCCCCGAAGAAACUGAAGCAGAGCCCGGAGGCGUCUGUUGAAUCUGAAGAGUUCAUCAGCAUUGUGAAAUAAAAAGAAAAAAAAAAUGCUACGGAGAAGACUGAACCGUUGGCUUGGUGGAGAUGACAGAAGAGUAGACAGUAGGACUAUCUAUGUUGGCCAUCGGCCGUGUCCUGCCAAUGAGGUUUUCAUCCCACCCAAGUUCUGCGAUAACAGGAUUGUGUCCUCCAAGUAUACAGUAUGGAACUUUCUACCAAAGAACCUGUUUGAACAGUUUAGAAGAAUUGCCAAUUUCUACUUCCUUAUCAUCUUCCUGGUGCAGGUGAUAGUGGAUACCCCCACCAGCCCAGUCACCAGUGGCCUACCCUUAUUUUUUGUGAUUUCAGUAACUGCUAUCAAGCAGGGAUAUGAGGACUGGCUACGGCACAAGGCUGACAAUGAGGUGAAUAAGUACCGAGUGACAGUGCUAGAAGACGGCCGGAGGAUACGGAAAGAGAGUGAGAAGAUCAAAGUGGGAGAUGUUUUGGAGGGAGAAAACGAGACCUUUCCCUGUGAUUUAAUACUGCUGCAGUCUAGCCGAGAUGAUGGCACAUGUUUUGUUACCACAGCAAGUCUGGAUGGAGAGUCUGACCAUAAAACACACUACACAGUGCCAGACACGGAGAGUGAUGUGGAAUCUCUCAACGCCACCAUUGAGUGUGAACAGCCACAGCCUGACCUUUACAAGUUUGUUGGUCGUAUGCACAUCUACAAAUACAAUGAAGAGCCUGUGCUGAGGUCUCUGGGCCCAGAAAACCUCCUGCUGAAAGGAGCAACUUUAAAGAACACUCAAAGGAUCUGUGGUGUUGCAGUUUACACCGGUAUGGAGACAAAGAUGGCCCUUAACUACCAAGGAAAAUCUCAGAAACGCUCUGUUGUGGAAAAGUCUAUCAAUGCCUUCCUUCUGGUUUACCUUUGCAUAUUGGUGAGCAAAGCCUUAGUGUGUACUGCACUUAAGUAUGUAUGGCAGAGCAAGCCCGGACAGGAUGAGCCGUGGUACAACGAAAAAACUAAAAAAGAAAAGGAAACUAAUCUGUACCUUAACAUGUUCACAGACUUCCUGUCCUUCAUGGUGCUCUUCAACUUCAUCAUUCCAGUGUCCAUGUAUGUGACGGUUGAAAUGCAAAAGUUUUUGGGAUCCUUUUUCAUCUCAUGGGAUAAAGAUUUCUUUGACUCUGAAAUUAAGGAGGGGGCACUGGUCAACACUUCGGACCUCAAUGAGGAGCUGGGACAGGUGGAGUAUGUCUUCACGGACAAGACGGGCACCCUAACUCAGAAUAACAUGGAGUUCAUAGAGUGCUGCAUUGAUGGCCAUCAGUACAAGUAGGAUGCGAGCUCGGAAGUGGACGGAUUCUGCGUUACAGAUGGACCUGUGAACAGACUACAGCAGAAAGCUGGCAGGGAAAGGGAAGAGCUAUUUCUGCGUGCCCUGUGCCUGUGCCACACAGUCCAGGUGAAGGAAUCUACAGAGCAGGGUCAAAGUCAAGAGGAUGGACAGAUAGACCAGGUGGAUGGAUUAAUGGUAGAUGGAGAGGUGGUCCCUCCACCGGAGGAGCAGAGAGGCUUUAUAGCCUCCUCACCUGAUGAGAUUGCUUUGGUCAAGGGUGCAAUGAGGUAUGGCUUCACAUUUCUUGGUCUCGAAAGUAAGACUAUGAAACUUCACAGGAACAAUGAUGUUGAAAUAUAUGAAUUGCUUCAUGUGUUGAACUUUGACCCAGUGAGAAGGCGAAUGAGUGUAAUAGUCAGAUCCAAAUCAGGUGACACCCUGCUUUUCUGUAAGGGAGCUGACUCUUCCAUCUUCCCCCGAGUCAGACAAGAGGAAGUUGAAAGGAUACGCAUGCAUGUGGAGCGUAAUGCAAAAGAGGGCUACCGAACACUCUGUGUGGCCUACAAAUAUCUAGCGAAGAGGAAUAUGUCCAGGUAGAUUCAGGAGAGGGAAGCUAGACUGGCUCUGCAGGACAGAGAGCAGAAGCUUAUGGCUGUUUACAACCAAGUGGAGACUGGAAUGAAUCUAAUUGGAGCUACUGCUGUAGAAGAUCGUCUUCAAGAGGAGGCGGCUGCGACUAUGGAAGCUCUUCAGGGAGCAGGCAUGAAGAUUUGGGUCUUAACGGGGGACAAGAUGGAGACAGCCAAGUCCACCUGCUAUGCUUGCAGAUUGUUCCAGAGGAACACAGAGCUGUUGGAGCUAACAGUGCGCACUCUAGAGUUUAUAGGGAAGAGGCGUGAGGACCAACUGCAUGACCUCUUGCUGGAGUACCACAAGAAAGCUGUACAGGAUGCACCACCAGCAAAGGCUCGUGUCAACAGGAGUUGGUCCACCCAGGAUUAUGGUUUUAUCGUAGAUGGAGCCACUCUUUCAAUGGUACUCAAUUCAUCACAGAAAAACAACACAAAUAACUAUAAGAACCUGUUCCUGCAGAUUUGUCAAAACUGCACAACUGUGCUUUGCUGCCGCAUGGCUCCCCUACAAAAGGCACAGAUAGUUAAAAUGGUGAAGAACUCUAAAGGCAGCCCGAUCACCCUUUCUGUUGGAGAUGGAGCCAAUGAUGUCAGAAUGAUUUUGGAAGCUCAUGUUGGCAUUGGCAUUAAGGGGAAAGAGGGUCGGCAGGCAGUUAGGAACAGUGAUUAUGCCAUCCCCAAACUCAAGCACCUCAAGAGACUUUUGUUGGCACAUGGGCAUCUCUACUAUGUUCGCAUUGCACACCUGGUGCAGUAUUUCUUUUAUAAGAAUCUUUGCUUCAUCUUACCACAGUUUUUGUACCAGUUCUUCUGUGGCUAUUCCCAGCAACCCCUGUAUGAUGCGGCCUAUCUGACGAUGUACAACAUCUGCUUCACCUCUAUGCCCAUCCUGGCUUACAGCCUGCUCGAGCAGCACAUUUCCAUUGAGAUUCUCCUGGACAAUGCUACCCUCUACAGAGAGAUUGGUAAGAAUGCCAUGUUACGGUGGGGACCAUUCCUCUACUGGACAUUACUGGGAGUUUUCCAUGGCUUGGUCUUCUUCUUUGGUGUUUGGUUUUUGUUCAGUAACCCAGCUCUACAGGAUAAUGGCCAGGUAUUUGGGAACUGGUCAUAUGGAACGAUUGUAUUCACCAUCCUUGUUUUCACUGUAACGCUAAAGCUGGCUCUGGAUACACGGCAUUGGACAUGGAUCAACCACUUUGUAAUCUGGGGUUCCCUGGCUUUCUAUGUGUUUUUCAGCUUCUUCUGGGGAGGAGUAAUAUGGCCUUUCAUGAGUCAGCAGCGCUUAUACUUUGUGUUUGCCAACAUGCUGAGUUCGGUGUCAGCCUGGCUGGUCAUCAUCAUGCUCAUCCUGCUCAGCCUAUUGCCAGAGAUCCUGUAUGUGGUGCUCCGCAAGCCCCGUGCUCCUCACGCUCGACAGCCGUCAUUGGAAGGCCUCCUACAAACAUCCAGAUUCCAGCCGUCACGCCACUGUCCUACAAGCAUCUAAAGGAGCACGAGUAAAAGGCGUUAAGGACUCACAACAGUGGCAUGGGCCUCAGUCAGGGUCCUGUUCUGGUAAAGGUCAUCUGAAAGGAGGUGCAGAAGAUGAGGAAAAAAAAAUCAGAAACACGUGCUGUCUGGGGGCGGGUGAAAAGUUAUUUAAGUCUUUUGACUUGUGUGUCUCUUCUCCGUCCUUCUCUAUCCGACCUCAAAAAAACGCCCACCUCCCACGCAUGUUUGCAGAGCAGUGCUCUGCAUUAUUUUAUACAAUGUCUACUUAGAUUCCAGGCAUGAGUUUUCCUUUUUCUUUUUUAAAUCUUACUAUAGAAAUGAAUGCAUACAUGGCUGCCUUGUCAGUAGCUCUAUUCAGCUGCUGUUUCAACAAGCAGCUGUAAUAUCCACUCCAAGAAUGCUACAUGUGCAUGAAAGAAAGCUCAAAAGAACACACAACUCCACCACUGUUCAGUUAGUGCAUUCUGCAAGCUUUUUACUAUAUUCAGAGCAGUUUCAGAGGUUAUUCUACUUUAUUAUUACACUUUUAAACAGUUAUUUAAAUUGUUAAUGCACAUGUUUAAAGAAAAUACACUCAUCUAUAGAUCCAAAUCAUUUGGGAUAGAAAAGUUACUGAAUAUGAUUUCAGCUCAGCUCAGAUCAUCAAAAAGACUGUUAGAAGAGUUUUCUGGUUUGUAGAUGUUUAUUUGUUUCUAGUAAUAAAGUUUAUAUUGAAUACUAAGAUAUAAGGGGUUGGUGGAGGUCAUAUCAACCCUCAGUCCAAAAAGUGUGUGCGUUUGUGUAAAACUGAGUAAUAGAUUAGAGAGAUUAAGCGUAUUUUGGCAAUGAGAGAGCUUGGAGCAUGUCCUCCAAUCUUCCAACCUCAGAGGUAAUUUAAGAGUCAAAUUUGAAUGAGAAAAUUAAUACAUGUGCAAUUCUGUACAUAGUUUGGAGAUAUAUUGUUAGCAUCUGCUUCAAGCCAAAAACAUGAAUGCAAUGUGAUCAGAUUCUGUCCGCACUCACGUGCCCUAAAAGUGACGUUUUGGUUUAUGUGUGUUACACAACUGCAGGGCAAAUGCACUGGAUGAGAAUAGCCACAAAUGCCUGUGUGUAAUGGAAACCAGGAUUACUUGAACCUUAUUGAUGUAGUUCUGUUAGACAUUUUCUGCACUAUUAAGGAAACUGGUUUCUGCAUUGUGUAGAUGAACACCAAGGUACAUGAAUAUAUGUCUGAGCUCACUCACGCACAUAUCAGAAAAGAACAUUACACGAACAAUAACAAUGUCACAUAUAGUCACAUGUGUACUAGAGCCUAAAUGAGGUAUUUUUAUUCUUACCCAUUCUCAAGUUUGCAUAUUUUAUCUCAGUCAGGCUGAAGUUGGGGUUCUAAGAGAACCAGCUCCAGGUCUGCGGAAUCUGAAUAGUUAAUGCCACUGUGAGACUCUACUCUCCGGAGUGGACUGUUUGGUCCUUUGUUCCUUCCUUUAACUUCUUGUGUGUAGUGCUUCAUACAUUCCAUGUAAACAUGAUUUCAAACACUUUUGAUAUGGCUUUAGUCUGUUUCUUUUUCUUUCUUUUUUUUUUCUCUUUUCCACAAAUGUAUAUUGUGUACUUUGCAUAUUUAUUAAGUAAAUGUAAUUUGACUCACAAAUAUAUUUUUAUUACUUUGUUUUAAAUUGUGGAGCGUGUUCUGCUUUGUGUCACUUCAGUUAGCCUGUUUUACUAGAGCUCUUUCAGGAGCCUGUGCAAGCUUCAUUUAAUAGUUCAUUUUAUCUACACAAAGACAGGCAGCCCCCAAUGAAGAUACUCAACAUCCCCAAAUUAGCCUCUGAAUCAAUGGCACUACUUGGUCUGAUGGUUUUACUUGUGGUUGAAGUUGAAACUGAUCAGCGCCUGUCACUGAUGAUUCAUGUUUAGAUGCCAAUCUGUGUAGAAUCUCUCUUCAUGGUUUUUAUGGUGAUUUUUUUUUUUUUAAUUAAAUUUUUUUUUUAAUUUAAAUACUACUUCAGUGAUCCCUGCUCUAACACACUGUGUAUUAAACCCCCCCGACUGUAAAGUGACACAGCUGCUAGUGUAUCUGCAGAACAGUAAAUGCAGCUGCAAGGCCUAAUGAGCUUUAAUGGUUUAUAUGGAAAGCAGGAUUUUUGUUUUGUUUGGUCACCUAAAGACUGCUGUGCCAGAGAUAACUGGAUGUAAGAUGAUCCACAGAGGGGCUGCCUGCUUUGUUACCAGAUAUAAACCUUUAAGUUACAUAUGAAAUGCUAUUUUCUGAGCUUAAAAUAUGUUUGAAUCUAAUUUUGCCUGUUUAAAUGAAAAGUUAAAAAGAAUGGAUUGUAUUUUUAAUGCAACCUUUUUCCAGCCACUUUUUUAAAAAGAAAAACUAAAUGUUCCAAAAAAAGGAAAAAAAAAAAAAAAAAAA